AUGGCGACGGGAGCAGGGGCCCCAGACUUCGACUUGCCAGAUGAAAAUCACAGCAAGUAUGUCGAACGAAUCGGCGCCGGAGCAUCCGUCUACCUCUCUGCCGUCCUCGAGUGUCUCGCCCCUGAGGUUUUGGAGCUCACAGGGAACGCAACGAGGGAUAACAAAAAGAACAUGGGUUAUGGGCUUGGAUGUUGUCAAAUUGGGAGAUAUCCUAAUUGA